AUGUUCAUCGAUGAGCUCCCUGCAAGCUCGAUAAUUCAGAAGAGGUUUGGAACUAUGUGGAUGCAGACUUUAACUGAGUAUGGGAGACUAGCAAGCCUCUUCGAAAACUGCUACUGCUUCGUUCCACGCUUUGCGAAAUCUCAAGGGUUGGUGUUGGGUGCUGCCUUUACAGCCGACAAAGGCCAAUGGCUACGUGCAAGUGUCCUGGCGCGGGGUCAACAAGGUGGUGGUGUUACAGGAGCUGGCCCUCUGGGCCAAUGA